AUGGUCGUAAAUAAUAGACACAAAAAAAAUGUGUUGAAUAAUUUUAGAAUAAAUGAGGUUGAAUCAGAAGACGUAAGCUUGGAGAAUCUGAGUAUAAAUGAAAUACAAACAAAUAUUAUAAAGCAUUCUUGGCAGUAUACUGUUCAAUUGAAUCCAAUUACGUUCUAUGACAAUAAUUCAGAUAUACAACCAAACAAUGAACACCAAGUGUGGAAAGAAACUCAUUACUUAUCGUUGUAUAAAAAUGUAUUAUCUAUAUUAAACAAACUUACAUGGACGACAUUUGAUCAGCUAGUAGAUGAAUUUCAAAAACUGCCAAUUGAGAACGCAGAAUGUCUUGAAAAUGUUGCUAAUAUUGUUGCUCUUAAAGCUUUUGACGAACCUUCAUUUGGAUCUUUAUACGCCUCAUUAUGCAGAGUACUUGACAUAACUAUAAGUUGUCAAAGUGGAAAUCAUUUAACAUACCAGAUGUCAUUUAAAAAAUGUAUAAUCACAGUUUGUCAGAAUUAUUUUGAAAAGCAAUGUUUAGAUGACACUGAGAUAGUUAUGUCUGUAGAACAUGAACAAACUCAAAGAAGAAUUAAAAUGCAAACAAUUGGUUGCAUCAGAUUUAUUGGUGAAAUUUUUAAACAGUCAUUAUUAUCUCCUUACGUUGUUCACUACUGUAUAAAAACGUUGCAAUCUAAAACUAAAGAAAGGUCUCUUGAAUAUCUCUGCAAUCUUUUAAAAGUAGCUGGCAAAGAGUUAAAUGAAAAAAUAAGUUUGGAAGAUAUAUUUGAACAUUUAAUAUAUUUGGUAUCUGAUGAAAUGAGAUCUAAAAUAUCACCUAGGAUACGAUUCAUGGUUAAGGAUGUAAUUGAAGUAGUAAUGCCUUCAAGAGUAUUUUAA